CACUCGUCAAGCAUGUGAACGCCUUAAGUCUCAAGUCUGUGAUUAUAUUCUUUUUUGUAGUUGUAGCAUAUAAAUAAGUUAUUGUUUUCUGAAGUCAAAAUAUAAUUAUAAUUCGUGUAAAAUAUUAUCAAAUAGAAAAUUAAUAUAAUGGAAGAAUCUAAAGAAUCCAUAGUCGAAAUUGAAGAAAUAAAAUUUAAACCAAAAAAAAAGAAGAACAUAAGGCAAAGAAUAAAAAUUGAAGAUGAGGAUUCUGAAGAUGAGGAAUUUAUAUUAGCAAGACUACAGGAGGCGAAAGAAAUACAGAAACUACGAGAAAGACCGAACGGUGUUAGCAUCGUCGCUCUAGCAACAGGACAAAAAACUUCGUUAGUUGAAGAAGUUACUUGUAAGGACCCAUAUAAUAUUAAAGCCGGUGGUAUGGUGAAUAUGCAGGCUUUGAAAAGUGGGAAAGUUAAACAGGUUGAUGAUGCAUACGACACUGGCAUUGGAACGCAAUUUUCUGCUGAAACAAAUAAACGUGACGAAGAUGAAGAAAUGAUGAAAUAUAUAGAAGAGCAGUUAGCCAAGCGAAAAGAAGGAAAUGAUGAUAACAAAAAAGAUAAUGAUGAUGGUGAGGCACUUAAAUACUUAGCACCCGAGGAAGCAGCUUUACUCUCGCUACCAGAACAUUUACGUGCAUCUGCUGCACAUAGAUCUGAAGAGAUGUUGUCUAACCAAAUGCUAAGCGGUAUUCCGGAAGUAGAUCUUGGUAUUGAUGCGAAAAUAAAAAACAUUGAAGCAACUGAAGAAGCUAAAAUGAAACUUUUGUGGGAAAGGCAUAACAAAAAAGAUGGACCGUCACAAUUUGUACCUACAAAUAUGGCAGUCAACUUUGUUCAACAUAAUAGAUUUAAUUUAGAUAGCGCUAAUUCUAAGAAAAGAAAAGUCGAAAAACCAGAAAGUAAAAAGGUAGAACCAAAUGUGAUUGAUGAAAGUGUUAAUAAAAUUGUUAAGAAAGCAAAGGGCGAAAGAGCUACAGACGAUUAUCAUUAUGAGAAAUUUAGGAAACAGUUUAGAAGAUAUUAAAGAUAGUGUUAUUUUAAUUUAAAUAAGACUAAUAAACAAGCGGAUCAAGUUUUAUAUUCCUAUAAAUGACCUCAGACCGUACAAAUUAUUGAAAGCCAAGAUAACUGCUUGGGAAGAAACAGACAUCCAUUUGAAGAAAAGGCGCAAGAAAUCCACGGGAAGAUUAUCUUUUAAAAUGUGAGAAUGUUUGCAAUGCAUGACUUUAUUAAUUUUAUACUAGAUACAUACAACAAUAAAUAAUAACAAGUAUUUAAGUAUUUAUUUGCCAAUUGAGUGUACAAUAGGAUUUUAAAAUAUAUUAAGUUGUACGUCUUUCAUGAAAUAUAGAAUUUGUAUCAACAGUA